CCAGUAACUCUACUGAAAAGCCCACAAAUGAAUCUUCUGGACCAGUGGUAACGAAGGUAACCGGUAAGAAAAUAUGUUGCGUUUGUAAGGAAACAAAACAAGCGCGAGAUUUGUGUAUAGCUGAAAAUGGAAUAGAAAAAUGCAAGAAAUUUAUAGAAGCUCAUAACAAGUGUCUGAGGGAUGAAGGAUUCGCAGUAGAGGACGUUUGAUUGUCAUAAUUUAUAGUUUCUGUUUAAAAACUACUUGGAUCUCCGUUUAAGCUUAACAGCCGGGCAUAUGAUUUUGUCAAGCAUAUAAUUGUUCACUAAGUUGGAAUAAUGAGCACAAUUUUAGAUUUAGCGGCCAAUUCUGACGAAUCUGAUUCUGAUUACGUCCUAUCUGAACCACAAUCGGAGAGCGAAGAUGAGAAAAAAGCCAAGAAAAAACGUGACCGUGAGAAAAACCGGGCUAUCUUGCAGAGCAAAGUGAAUGAAAUAUAUUCUGAUAUGCUAAAAGAGAGUGAAAAUAUAUACAAACAUCCUAGUGGAUUAAGUGAUAGCUUCAUGCUCCAGUUUCAUAAGAAACAUGUAAAACCGAUCAAAAACAAGUCAUUGAAAUAUGUGGAAAAUUAUGUAAAGAAUAGCUCCAGUAUAGUCUAUAGUGAGGAUUCCACUUUAGAUAUUAAAACCUUUAAAGAACAAUGUUACAAAACACCUAACAAUGAAAUAUUGGAUAUUGUUAAAAAGGCUGUUAGCGUCGAUGAAACUGAGCCAGUAACAGUGAAAAAAACCUAUACUUUUGCAGGGCAGACGUACGAGCUUCAUGAUAAGGUUGACAAAAAAUCCAAAAAGUACAUCAAUCACCUCAAGAAACAGGAAAAAAGCUUGGGUGGAAGUUUUUCAUUUUUGGACCAAAUGCUAUCGGAAAUUGGUCCAAAACAAACCCUAUCAGCUAUUUCAAAAUCUGAAGUUGACUGGAACAAAUACAAGGACGAAAAUGAUCUUGAUACAUCUCUAAAGAAGGAUCAUAGGUACAUCAAGGAACAAGCAUUUCUGCAAAGGGCCAACUGGAAAGAACACGAAAACUCACUACAGGCAAGAAAAUAG